AUGUUAUUCAGGGAGGUCUCGCUCGACAUCGAGUCGAUAGAGACAAUCCAUGAACUAGACUCAGACCACAGGCCCGUCCUGUGUAAACUGGGCCAGAACGCCGGCGCGGUCCCUCCGACCAAAUCCGUAGUGGACUGGCAUCGUCUUGAGAUCAAACUCAAGGCCUUGGACCCCCAGGACUUAGUAGACUUACCCGAGACGAUAGCUACGUUCGAUGACGCAAAUCGAGCGAUAGCGAGUUUCCGUGAAACUAUUACUUCCGCAGUCACAGACUCGGAACGGACGGUGAAACUGUCGGGCGACCGACGGUUUAACUUUCCGCCCGACCUACGACUGCUAAUUAGACAAAAAAAUGCAGCUAAACGCGCCUUCGACCGAUACCGAUCGGAAUCGAACCGAACCCUACUUCGACGCCUUCAGCUAAAAGUCAAAGAUCGAUCUGAUGAAGACCCCCGCGAGUCUCUACCGCCGCUAGUUAGACCUAAUAGCGCUUCAGUAGCCAUAGAUGACUCCGAAAAAGCCGAAUGCCUUGCGGACAACCUAGAGCAGCAAUGUACGCCAUCGCGCGAACGCACCGAUUCAGUCCACCUAACGGAGGUGGACCGCGUAAUCGAGACUAGGGCUGCGCUUCCACCGGAAGGCGAACCUUUAAAUUCAGUGACCCCCGAAGAGGUCCAAGAUAUUAUUAAAAAUUUAAAACCAAAAUCCGCCCCGGGCCCAGAUAAUAUAAGUAAUAAGAUUCUCAAAGCUCUCCCUGGGCCGCUUCUCUGUUUACUGGCGACCAUUUUCAAUACCCUUCUCUCCAGUUGCUCCUUUCCGGACGACUGGAAGCAAGCCACGGUUAUCGGCAUUCGCAAGCCGAAUAAACCAGCGAAUCAGCCCUCUAGCUAUCGUCCCAUCAGCCUCCUCAGUUGCCUGGGGAAGCUCUACGAGCAGCUAUUGUUAAACAGGGUCAAAGAGCACGUGUUUUCCAACGGCCAUCUGCCGACGGAACAAUUCGGGUUUCGAGCUAGACACUCUUGUCCCGAUCAGUUAUACCGCCUAACGGAGCACAUCCUAAAAGGCCUUAACCACCCCAAACACAUUAGUACAGGGGCUCUCUUCUUCGAUGUCGCAAAAGCAUUCGACAAAGUCUGGCACAACGACUUGCUUUACAAGCUGUACACACUCAAAGUGCCAGAUAGGCUCGUACACACCAUCCGGGCCUUUUUGUUGAACCGCUCUUUUCGAUAUCGAGUCGAGGGCACCCUCUCCACAAGCCGCCGCCUCACGGCCGGCGUACCACAAGGCUCCUGCCUCUCACCCUUGCUAUUUACGCUCUACACGAGCGACAUACCUAGAGACCCCCACGUCAAUCUCGCGCUUUUACUCAGACCGCAACCUCAGUCAAUUAACGACUCGACUCCAAAGCGCUGCCGACCGCCUCGGCGAUUGGUUCCGCAAAUGGAGAAUCGAUAU